CAGCUCAUACUACACGAAGAGGGAAGGAAGGAAGCACGAGGAGGUCAGUAGGUGGAAUGAAACAUUGUAAAAGAGGAAUUAACUAUUGACACACCCUGUCUCCGGGAAACACCAAAGAAAACAACAGUCACGAGGAAAGGAGUUGCUUGAUGAGAUAAGUUUUCUCACUUCCCUCAAGCAGUGCAGAGAAUGACCACAGCCUCAUUUGGACUCCACUGACUUCAAUUUACCAUUUUCUUUUGGAAAUCAAAACCACUUGCUUAAGCAGUCUGCAGAGAGACAAAGGCUGCAGUUUAAAAUGUGGGACGGAAGGAAACUAGCUCUCGUUGCAAUGGUUUUCAUCGCUCUCUGCAACAAAGUGACUGCAGAGACCAGAGAAGAACUGGACAUAGCCCCUGAUGCUGUAGAUGACCUGUAUGAUGGAUGUAACAAAGAGGCUCUGGACACAUUUAUCCACUCAGGUGUAUUAAAAGCAGAACUGAACAGCAGUGAUGGCUUCCAAAAGGUGUGGAACCCCUCCGAGUGUUCAAAGGUGAUCCCUGGAGGGUUAAAGGAACACACUGCUGCACUUAGAGCAUAUGCAAAUGAGGACUAUAAUUUCAUAAAAACCUUUGACGAUGCAGUGCAGACAAAAGGUACAAACGUUAGCACCUACCAAGACGAGUUCCACUUCAAGUCUCUUCAUUUCCUGCUGAUGGAUUCAAUGAGGCUGCUGAGUCAGAAGACAUGCAAGACUGUGUAUGAUUUUGCAGGCAAUAUAAAAACAGCACAAAAAGGCUCAACUGUGAGAUUUGGGAGAUUUAACUCAGUUCAUUCAAGCUUCCAGUCACUAACAGACGAAGCAGAUAUUGAUGGGGACGAAGCGAUUCUGAAUAUUACUUCUUGUUUUUUUGUCGAACUUGGGGAGAAUAUUUGCAGUACGGUCGAGAUGGCGCUGUUAUCUCCAGUUGAAGAGUUCACAGUGGAGGAUGUGAAACAACAGACAAAGGAUGACACCACUUUCACAAUGAUCGUUUUGAAACAUUUCAGAGUGCAUAACAUGCACAACUGUUACAUAUUUUCAAGGUCUCCAGCUGAUGCAUCAUCCCUGUGGUUUAUGAUGGCACUUUUGGUUUUAUCUUCUUUCUUCUUAGUUGAAAAUUAACACACAAAAAUGAACUGCACUAAAAUGAUUUUAGACAAAGAUAUAAAGUGCAGAAUGAUGUUUGAAUAGCCUGUUAUAUUACAAUUAGCUGAACAUGUUGUAAUCUCUUAUGUACAUAAAACCAUGUUGAGGCCCAAAGAGGUGAGAGACAUUUUGCCAAAUUCAGGACCAUAAUCUUAUCUGACUUUGUACACUGAUUUCAAUCUAAAAUAGAUUUAUACAUACAAAGGUCACAGAAAUAAAUAAUAUUUUCACUUUUUCCAAAAACGUUUCUUCCAUUACAUUCUUCCAUACAUUUUUAAAUGUGAAAAAAGUGACAUCCUCACAUUUCGUACCAAUGUUUCAUUCCAUUUUAAAAUAAACCAGGACCAUCUGGUAACAAUAUUGGCAAAGCAUCACAUGGAUGUUGAUUAAUUUUGGCUAAAAUACUGAUCUCAGCCUCUGGGUGACUGAAAAGACUAAAAAUGCCUUUGUCACAAGAGAAAUAUAAAAGCAAUUAUUAUUUUUUGAAUGAGUCACAACUUUGAAUGACCAAUAAGUUAUUAAUUAUACUUGUUCUUACGCCCUUUUUGCCUCAAUCAGUUCAGUGUGUUCAUUGUUUUUUGAUUAAUAACCUUUUAGCAGCUGAGAAAGUUCAUCAAGCACUUUCAUGUGAUGUGUAUUUUAGAUUCAUCUAGAAUGUGACUUAAGUCCAUCUGAUUCUCACUAUGACUUACUUAUUUGCUUGAGCUGUAUGUGCAGUACUUUCUGCAUUAAUUAAAUAAAACAUGAUAUUGCACGGUAUGAAACAAACUUCACUUUUAAUGCUACAAUCGGCGAAAAAUGUUUUAAUCAGCUCAUUUUAGAGGCUGUUUUGUGCUGCUGUGAACGUGACUGUGUGUUAAAUGUAACAGACUGGUUCAUGACAUACAGAGACAAUAUCAACUUUUAUUUUGUACUUUUUUUUUUACAAUAUGUACUGCAUGAGCAUUUUAUAAUAAAAACCAUACUUACA